CAACCUCUCCAGCUACUGGGACAACCUCAGCUUUGACCAAAGAAAGACUACAGGAGCGUCAAAAUGAAGGUUCUGUUCCUGAGUUUAUUACGUGUUGUGGUUUGUGCUGCCCAAGAAGAGGAAGCUCAGCCAAGUCUCUCAGAGCUUUCAGGACAAUGGAGAACUGCAUACAUUGCAUCCAGUAACCUAGAGAAGAUCAACCCCAAUGGGCCAUUCUGGGCUUACCUCCAGAAAUUUCUGUUUGAUGAUGAACAGGGCACAGUAGACUGCUACUUUUAUGGCAGACACAAGGCAAAAGGGGAACAUAAACACAUCACGGUAAUAAAGCAAGAUGAUGGUACUUAUGCUGCUGACUAUGAGGGUAAAAAUGUGUUUGAAGUUGCUUAUGCAUCCAAAAACUUUCUGGUAACACAUAACAUCAAUGUGGAUGAACAUGGCAAGAAGACAGUAAUGACUGGGCUAUUUGUUAAACCAAAUAUUGAAGAGGAAGGCUUGCAGAAGUUCAAGGAGCUGACAGAAGAGAAAGGGAUUGAUGAGAAAAAUAUGAAUUUCAUCGAAAGUGAUGACUAGCUUCCCUGAGGACAGCUACAUAUUUCAAAACACGCUCAGUAAAAGGUCACUGAGACCAGACACGUCCUUGUCUCCAUGGAAUCAAGACCAACAACCAGAAGAUGACUCUCCUGGUUCCUGAUUAACAUGAUCCUUCUUUCUCCACACCCACACUCUAUUUUGUGUCUCAUCUCUCCUGGUCACUAAUCAUGUCCUGUCUGGUGGCAUUUGAUUUCUGAAGGUUUCAAUAAAUUAGUUUAAUUCACAAUGGA